CGGGGCCCGGGCGGGGCGGGGCGGGCGGUGAUGCCCUUGUUUAUUUUUACCCGGGCGGUUCAUCCUCCUCGGCAGCCCCAGCGCGGCCCCCGCUGCCGCUCCCCGCCCCAGCUCCGACGGCGGCGCCGCCUAUAAAGCGCCGCCCGCGGGGAGCCGAGGAUGCAGCUCUACAGCUCCGUGAUCACCCACUACCCGGCGGGCGCGACCGCAGCAGCCGCCGCGGCCUCGCCGAGCUCCGCCGUCUUCAAGGUCUCCUUAUCGCCGGGACCCUCCGCCGCGGAGGCACCGAGCGCCGCCGACGCCGCGGGCCCGAACGCGGCCGCCGAGAGCUCCGGCAAGGACAGCUUCGUUCCCGCGGGGGGCAGCAGCAGCGCCGCCGCCAUGCCCGCCUUCUCGUCCUGCUUGGAGGUGAUGCCGACGGAGCGCAGCGAGAAGCUGGCGCUGUACCUGGCCGAGGUGGAGAAGCAGGACAAAUAUCUGCGGCAGAAGGGCCGGUUCCGCUUCCACAUCAUCCCCGACGGGAACUGCCUGUACCGCGCCGUCUGCAAAGCGGUGUACGGGGACCAGCGGCUGCACGGCGAGCUCCGCGAGCAGACCGUGCACUACAUCGCCGACCACCUGGACCACUUCAACCCCAUCAUCGAGGGCGACGUGGGAGAGUUCCUCAUCGGCGCCGCCCAGGACGGGGCCUGGGCCGGCUACCCGGAGCUGCUGGCCAUGGGACAGAUGCUGAACGUGAACAUCCACCUCACCACGGGCGGCCGGCCCGAGAGCCCCACCGUUUCCACCAUGGUUCACUACCUGGGGCCCGAGGACCCGACACGGCCCAGUAUCUGGCUGAGCUGGCUUAGCAAUGGGCACUACGAUGCUGUGCUGGACCGCAUGUGCCCCAACCCAGAGUACGAGGCGUGGUGCAGACAGACUCAGGUACAGCGCAGGCGGGAUGAGGAGCUGGCCAAGUCCAUGGCAGUGUCCUUGUCCAAGAUGUACAUUGAGCAGAAUGCCUGCUCAUGAGACCACCUGAGCCGCAGGCUGGGAGCUUUGCUGCAGGGACUGACAGAGAGAAGGUGUGCUGGCUGUGAUGGUGAUGCCUUAAUCCUUAAUGAAGCAGCAGCACCCCAGACUGAGAGGGACUGUAGGUUGUGGGGGAUAAAUGCAGACGUAUUUGUAAUAUUCUGUUGUAAAAACUUAGCCUCGGGUUAUUUGCAAGCAGAUUUCUCUGUGUAUGUUUGUGUCUCCCCUCCCCACUGUCUAUUUUCUAUAAGAAUGUAUUUUUUGCACACUAUUUUUAAACUGUUACCUCCAUGUUCUACAUCUUACAUUAGUAUCUGGCUUUCAGCUGUACGGCCAAAAACGUUUGUAAACAGUUUUUUGUAAAUAAGGCUUAUGAUGUAACAGCUAUUUUUUGCUGUGUUUUUUAUCCAUAAACCUUAUAUUUUUACCAAAUGAAGUUGAUGUCAAACAGACCCCCCCUAGUUGAGGAAAAUAUUGUGGGUAUUUUCUUGCAAAAUUAAAAUAAUGGCUUUUGUAAAAGUGCAGCAAAGUGAGAACAGACUGCUUUUAGGAACAGUUGCUUUCUCUGCCUGGAGCACAGAACAGGUCGUUUGAGCCAGUUGGAAUGCAGCUACACGUGAACAGUGCAGGGAGCAAUUGACUCUUCUGUUUAUAAUUACUGUUUUGAGUAAACUGGCCUCUUGUUGCCUGGUUGGCUCACCCUCUGCUCCAUUUAUAUUAUUUAUCUAUAAUAACAGAACAUUAACUUGCAAUAGAAUGUUGUGACUAGAUAAUAGUCUCCUGCUUUGGCAGUAAUUGCCUUGGCUGCACCUCAGUGUUUGUGUUCUUGUUUCUGGGGUUAUGGUGUCUUUCGUAUAAGCCCUGCUUCUUUUUUGGCACUGAUGUUUCACCAACAAGUCAUUAUCUGAUCACAACAUUUUAUUCACGUGACUUUAUUUUCUAAUCAAGAAUUCAGGAAUGGUAUUCUACAUUAUGGUUUAAAAGAAAAAAAAGUACUUAAAUUGAGGUUUGUAUGGUUUGCUGGGUCAAACAUUUAAAUGUUUCCAAUCUGGAUUCUGUCUCUACUACUUUCUGAUUAACUUGUUAGAUAUAUUUAUUAAGUAAUGCAGUUUGUACUUUUUUAUUUUGUAAUAUAUUGUGAUUUUGGAAUUUAUACUGUAUUUGUAUAAUAGGAAUAUUCACAGCUAAAAUGGAAUGAAUAAAGAAUAUAAUUUUA